CAGGGAAACAGAGCCCACCUGCCUAUAGAUAUAAAGGCGAUAAAGCAUCUUAAGGAGGCCAGCACCAUGUACGGUGUUAACGGGGCGUAUACCCUGUCCCUAGUAGAAGCCCUGGCAGGAAAUGCCAUGACACCUGCUGAUUGGGCCAGUUUGUGCAAGGCAGUGCUCAGCCCAGGCCAAUAUCUUGAUUGGAAAGCUUGGAAUGUUGAACUUGCCACAGAACAGGCCCAAGCUAAUGCCCGGAACAAUCAGGUCGCCUGGAACACGGAUAUGUUAUUAGGACAAGGGCAGUAUCUCAAUAACCAGCUGAUAUUUCCACAAGAAGUGUAUGCACAGAUAAAUAGAAUAGCCAUACAAGCAUGGAAACGGGUCUCGGCUAGGGGAGAAGUCUCAGGCCACUUGACAAAAAUUUUGCAGGGCCCGAGCGAGGCUUUUUCAGAUUUUGUGGCCCGCAUGAUGGAGGCGGCAGGGAGAAUUUUUGGGGACGCUGAGACAGCCAUGCCGCUCAUUAAGCAGCUCAUUUUUGAGCAAUGUACUAAAGAAUGUCACUCUGCCAUUAGUCCAUACAAAAAUAGGCCUCUUGAGGUAUGGAUGAAACUCUGUCGGGAGAUCGGGGGGCCAUUAACCAACUCAGGUUUGGCAGCCAUGUUAAUGAAGCUAACUAAAGAAGGUCAGGGAGGCAGAGUGGCGCCACAAAAUGGUGCCCGCCCGAAAGAAGGCUGCUUCAAAUGCGGCAGACAGGGACACAUAAAAAGAGACUGUCCAUCUUGGGGACUCAGAAGAGAACAACCCCCCCCCCGAAGACCGAAAGUGCCCCAGAUGUAA